AAUGUCUGAAUUUGAAGCCUUUCUCAUACCCGUGUCCAUGACGUAUCAAAUAUCAAUUCAACGAAACACAUUAAUAUUUCUUUCCCUAAAAAACCCGCGGUUACUUUACGUGUCAAAAGCACACAAAGCGGUGGCUCCCGCGUUCUGAGAGGUGGUCAGACCUCAACCCACUCUGCUCUGCUUCAAUUCAUUCCCACCACAAAACCAGGGACCAAAAACGAAUAAACAGUAAAUAGAAAGCCAAAACAACAUUCCAAAGCCCCUGUUUAGUAAUAAACCAUUACUUCCGAAUCUUUAUUUCCAUUCCACACUCUGAUUCUGAUUCCACUCUCUCUCUCAUAAUCCUAAUCUGUUAUUAAAAAACAACAAAUUGGUUUUCCACCGUCACUCUCCACCGAUGGCAGUUUCCGACGUGCCUGAAACCGACGGCACAACCGCCACUAUCCAAACCGACUCAGAUCUCAAACGCCCCUCUCUCCGGCGCAGGCCCAGCUCCGCCUCCGCCGGCAGCCUGUUCGAUGCCGCGAGUGCCGCUGCCGAUGCGGUGAGGGAUUCUGGCUCCGACGACUCCCUGAAUGGAAAGUGCAGCGAUGAGGAUAAGGAUCGCAAACCGGAUCAUGCAGCCGCUGAUAAUAAUGCUGAUCGUGAGCAAGUUACGGAUUACAAAUUCGCUUACCGUCCUUCCGUUCCCGCUCACCGGAAAAUCAAGGAGAGCCCUCUUAGCUCCGAUAACAUUUUCAGACAGAGUCAUGCAGGAUUGUUCAAUCUCUGCAUAGUGGUGCUUGUUGCAGUAAACAGCAGGCUUAUCAUUGAGAAUUUGAUGAAGUAUGGUUGGUUGAUUAGGUCCGGCUUUUGGUUUAGUUCGAAAUCGUUGAGAGAUUGGCCCCUAUUCAUGUGUUGUCUUAGUCUUGGAGUGUUUCCACUUGCUGCCUUUAUAGUGGAAAAGAUAGCACAACAAAAGUGUAUCGCUGAACCUGUUGUUGUUUUACUUCAUCUAAUCAUCACGUCUGCUGAAUUCUUCUAUCCAGUUUUAGUAAUCCUCAGGUGUGAUUCUGCUUUUUUAUCAGGUGUCACGUUGAUGCUAUUUACUUGCAUUGUGUGGUUAAAAUUGGUGUCAUUUGCACAUACAAACUAUGAUAUGAGAGCGCUUUCAAAAGAAGUAGCAAAGGUAGUGGGAGAAACAUCGCCCAAUACUGUGAAAAUGGAGUACCCAUACAAUGUGAACUUCAAGAGUUUGACAUACUUCAUGGUUGCUCCUACAUUAUGCUAUCAGCCAAGCUAUCCUCGAACACCUUCAGUUCGAAAGGGUUGGGUGUUUCGUCAACUUGUCAAGCUGAUAAUAUUUACGGGAGUUAUGGGAUUUAUAAUAGAACAAUAUAUGAAUCCUAUUGUCCAAAAUUCACAACAUCCUUUGAAGGGAAACCUUCUAUAUGCCGUUGAGAGAGUUUUGAAGCUUUCAGUCCCAAAUGUAUAUGUGUGGCUCUGCAUGUUCUACUGCUUUUUCCACCUUUGGUUAAAUAUUCUUGCGGAGCUUCUCCGAUUUGGCGAUCGUGAGUUCUACAAAGAUUGGUGGAAUGCCCAAACUGUUGAAGAGUAUUGGAGGAUGUGGAAUAUGCCUGUGCACAAAUGGAUGGUUCGCCACAUAUAUUUCCCAUGCAUAAGGAGAGGUGUACCCAAGGGUGCUGCUGCAUUAAUUGCCUUCCUGGUUUCUGCUGUGUUCCAUGAGCUAUGCAUUGCUGUUCCUUGUCACAUGUUCAAGUUGUGGGCUUUUAUUGGAAUUAUGUUUCAGGUUCCUUUGGUCUUGAUCACCAAUUACCUGCAAAAUAAAUACAGAAACUCAAUGGUUGGAAAUAUGAUUUUUUGGCUCAUAUUUUGUAUUCUUGGUCAACCUAUGUGCGUACUAUUAUACUACCAUGACAUGAUGAAUAGGAAAGGGGAACUUGACUGAGGUAGCAUAAAAUCAUUAACCGUUCAUGUGGAUGAGCUUUUCCUUCUUCAAGUGAAAUCCAUGUAGAUAUGUUGCCCUUCUAUGUUCUCUAUGGGGAUUAACUUCUUCUUUGAAAGGGUUCCUCUAGGAUAAGCAUUUCCAUUUGAUUUGCUGCAUCUUUUGAAAUCAAUUCAUCAAUGUACUUAUUUAGCUUGCUCUGACACUUUAUCAAAAUAUGCAAGCAAUUUUGAGAGCAAUGCACUAAUGAUGUUUUGUGCCAAGUAACACCAACUGGUUUCUGAUCAUUAGUUGAACCAUAAUUGUAAAUGCCUUAUGGUUUAGUUGUAAAUGGUUUCUACAA